ACCAUUAGACUUGCUCUUUAUCUCCUGUGGGAAGACUGUUCGCAGAUUACCACCUCAUGCUCAUGAGGCCACUGAGAAUAGUAAUUUCGUUGUUCGUGCGCCGCAUCUCGCCUUGACCAUGGUCAGGUGAGCUUCCGGAAGCCUUAUGGAGGUGGAGAUCCGUGCAGUAUAAAGCCCCCUUUUACGCAAUCGCUUCCCCUAACAUUUCUAAGAUAAUCUUCAUCAUCUAUCAUCGGUUAUCAGUGAGCACAAAGCUAUGUCCAGUUCCCAAUUCCCAGCUCAAUCUACAUCUCCUCUUGGUAAACUCGGUAUCGAAGCCGCUCUCGAGGCUGCUGCAGACCCGUCUAUCACACCAAAACCCAAGAUCUUCGAUGAGUUCGCACUGAUCGAUCGCGUCGGGCUUGUCUCUGGAGGAAAUAGGGGUCUUGGCCUGGAGAUGGCUCUUGCAUGUUGCGAAGCUGGCGCACGCGUCGUGUACUGCUUCGAUCUCCCAGAAAAACCAUCAGAUGAAUGGGUCGCAUGCAGAGAUUACGUCGCGAAGUUAGGGAACAAUUCGCGGUUGGAGUAUUUCAGCGCGAACGUAACUGAUCAAGAGGCCCUUUGGAAGAAGGUGGAGGAGAUUGGUGAUAAGGAGGGAAGGAUGGACUUUUGCGUCGCUGCGGCCGGUAUUCUCAGGUCCCACACUGACUGCCUGGAAUACCCCGCGCAGGAGUACAGAGAGGUCCUGGAUGUCAACACCAAUGGCGUCCUUUUCACUGCGCAGGCUGCUGGCAGACAGAUGGCCCGCUUCGGACGCGGUGGUAGCAUCAUCCUCAUCGCAUCGAUGUCAGGCAGUAUUACCAACAGAGGCCACGCCUGGGUCUCGUACAACAGCUCCAAAGCGGCUGUCCUCCAGAUGGCUCGUAGCAUGGCUUGCGAACUCGGUGAGAAGAAGAUUCGCGUCAACUCGUUGUCUCCAGGACAUAUCUACACUAGUAUGACCGCAGCAUAUCUGGACAAGCAACCACACCUGUUCGAUGUGUGGUCUAGCAUGAACCCUCUGGGUCGGCUCGGACGCCCCGACGAGUUGCGCGGUGUAGUGACGUGGUUGGCGUCUGACGCAUCGACAUUCUGCACGGGUAGCGACAUUAUCGUCAGCGGUGGUCACCACUCGUGGUAACAGAACACUCAAUGAAGGAAGGCUUGCUUGUUGGACAUAGAGACAAAGCCUGGUCGUAUUUGUAAAAAAAAAAUAGGGUCGUGAUUACAGACUUGCACCUCGCAUGGACGUCGUAUUCUGAAGCUCAACACUUCCUUCGAUGCUGGGGCGUGAAACUGCGCAACUGGAGCGGUUAUUCGAGGUCUAUUUGAGGUGAUUAAUUCGGAGGAGCGAAGUGGGGUCGAACACCAA